AUGGCGCGCACUUCUAUGGUGAUGGCAAAGGAGCGCAGCAGCAGUGUGCGACGGCCCAUCGAAACAUCGCUGUCGAAUUCGUUCUCGUCAUCCGCAGCCUCUUCGCUCUCAUCAUCGAAUUAUGGUGUGAAGACCGUAAGAAUUUUCAAGAACGGCGAUCCCUAUCACCAGGGGUUAAAGGUGGUCCUUAAUCGCCGAUAUGUACACGAUCUUGAUGGUUUGCUUGCGUCAUUAAGCGAAAAGCUUGAUUUGACAUAUGGUGCGAAGAGGCUCUACACUGUUGAUGGCAAAUUAGUAAAGCAUUUCCAGGAUAUUGAAGACAAACAAGACUACGUAGCGGCAACAAACCAUUUCAUUCCCCAACAGUACGGUAAAUGGUCGAGUCCUGCAGGGCAUCCGUUUCGUGUCUCAUCUUCUAUCUCGCCACAAACCCGUGCAUCACGAAGUCAAACACGUACGAGCGAAACUAAGCCAACCACCAAAAAACGAGCACUGAGUGGUGUGGUACCCAUUCAAACCGCUACUUCAGGAACGGGACCUAGUCCUACGCCAGUAGCCCAAAGCAAAAAACAGGCAGCAGACGGGAAAAAGAAGAAAAAGAAAGGCUCUGAAGAAGGCGAUGAAGCCGAAACGUUAGCCAGAAUAAACAUCAAUAACAAUCUUGUGGUCAAGAAGAAGAAGAAGAACAGCGGAGAGCAACCUACUCCUCAAGCAGAUGCAACGGAAAAAAAUAAGCAAGAGCAGAAAUCCGAGGCGUUGAACUUAGAGCUCAAAGAAGAGGCGAAGCCACAGAAUAGCGCAGAAGCGGAAAGCAUGGAGGAGCCAGAAGGGCCGAAGUAUGAAAGUCGACAAACUACGGCAAAAUCGCCUUCACAUGAAAAUGUCAACAAUGACGACGACAAAUCUGAGAGCGAAGCAAAUGAAAAUCAUACAAAAACUUCAUCUGCGUCUGAACAUUCGGAGAAUGAAGGUGAGGAGGGGAAUUCAGAAGGCACCGAAUCCGACGUGGAGAAAUCACCAUCGCCAGAACGAAAGGAAAUUCCAAAGCCGAAUGGUAACGAAUCCCAAUCAAUUGGACGACCGAAGAAAACGGAUAGUGUCAGAGGAUCGGAGUCAGAGAAGGAAAGUAAUGAGAAUAAGGAAGAUCCAAACUCAGAGACGGGUAGCACUAAAGCUACAGAGCUGCCACAGAAAGAUAAGGCUACGGAAGAGUCAGAGACAGGUUUAGAGAUGGAGAGUAUUCAUUCGGAGUGCAGUGAAGAGAAAAAUAAGGAUCCGAUAAGGUCCAAAUCAGAGAAUGGAGCCACUGAUGAUGAGGUGUCAAAGAUAGAGGAAUGUAAUAAGAAUAGUAGUGAGUAG